AUGGAGGCUGGCGACAAUGGCCCGAAAAUUGCAGUGGUGAUGUGGGUAGUUACCAUAGUACCACUCAUCUUUCUUGCUCUUCGAGUCUAUUGCAAGUGGAAGCUUAGCAAAGGUAUCGGCUGGGACGACCAUGUUGCUAUAUUCUCUUGGGUCCUCUUCUUGGUCUAUACGUGUUUGAUCACGGCGGCGGUCACGAAAGGAGUUGGAAAGCAUUUGCAAUAUGUCAAGUUGGAUAACUUGGUCACGGCUCUCAAAUUGACGUACAUUGGAGAGUUCGUGGCCAUUAUAGCAUGCGUGCUCAGCAAAACUUCGUUUGCCGUCACGCUCCUUCGAAUCGUCACUCGGCAAUGGCAGGUUAUGUUCCUGUGGUUUGUUAUUAUCUCGAUGAACCUCGUCAUGUGGCUUACCGCCAUCUUCUACUUUGCGCAAUGCAAGCCAACUGCGGCUCUCUGGGACUUUUCGAUCCAAGGAAAAUGCUGGCCGGCAUAUGUAUUGACAGACAUUGCCAUCUUCGCAGGAGCUUACUCUGGUCUGAUGGAUUUCUUGCUUGCCCUUCUUCCGUGGACAGUCAUCUGGAAGUUGCAAAUGCGGAAGCGCGAGAAAGUUGGUGUAGCGAUUGCAAUGAGUCUAGGAAUCUUCGCUUCUGUGACAUCUUUUAUUAAGACCUCCUAUUUGACCAAUCUGGGAGAACAAAAGGAUUUCACCUAUUAUGCGGGUAACAUCCUUAUCUGGGCUGCUGCCGAAACUGGAGCAACUCUCGUCGCCGCCUCUAUUCCCUCGCUCCGUAUUCUCUUCAUCCGAAUCCGAUCCACCCGAGGCGGCAGUGGCGGUCAAGGCUACUCUGAUAGUUACAAGCUCUCGGAGAACACCAAGUCCACCAACAGCAAACGCAAUCCCUUCUCUCACGGUUAUCGAACCAGUCAUUCUGCCGCUGCUGAGCGCACCAAGCGAGAUGACCAGAGCGACAAGAGCAUCCUCGGCGCCGCGGCUGAUGAUCCUCAGAUCAAGCAGACCCACGAAGUCACCAUUAGCUACCAGAAGGACCCCAACGACUGGGAGGACACUGAAUUGGGCUUCCAACGUCGAUAG